AGCCUCAGGGCAGCCCCGCCCCCGCCGCGACCGCGGUCGGCUUCCAUCCCCAGCCCCGCACCCCGCGCUCGCUGACACCUAGGCCCGGCGCUCGCGGCUCCUCCGUGAGGCCCGUUUCCGGUGGGGCAAGGGCGUCUCUGCGGGCGGCCAACUCCCGCGCGCUCAGCAUCGCCGGCGACAGCCAGAUGCAGGCGGAGCGAGGAGCUCGGGGCGGCCGGGGACGCCGACCCGGUCGCGGCCGGCCGGGCGGCGAUCGCGACCGUGAGCGGGCGGGCGCCGGGACCGCCGUAGCGAGAGGUGGCGGUGGAGAUGGAGGCGGCCGCCGAGGCCGCGGCCGGGGGUUCCGGGGCGGCCGCGGUGGCCGAGGAGGAGGCGCCCCGCGAGGCGGCCGUCGGGAGCCGGGAGGCUGGGGCGCCAGGACCAGCGAACCGAUUGAAGAUGACAGUGAUGCAGAAACCUAUGGAGAAGAGAAUGAAGAACAGGGAAAUUAUUCUAAAAGGAAGAUAGUCUCUAACUGGGAUCGAUAUCAAGAUACUGAAAAAGAAGUUGAUAAUGAAAGUGGAGAAUCACAGAGGGGGACAGAUUUCAGUGUUCUUCUCAGCUCUGCAGGGGACUCCUUCUCACAGUUCCGGUUUGCCGAGGAGAAAGAGUGGGAUGGUGAAGCUUCAUGCCCCAAGCAGAAUUCAGCAUUUUAUGUGGACUGUGAGUCAUUGGUUCGAGCCCUUCAAGAAUUGCCUCUCUCACUCCGGCUCAAUGUUGCUGCUGAAUUGGUUCAGACUGCUCUUCCUUUAGAGCUCCCUCAGGUGAAACCAAAGAGAAAUAACGAUGGCAAGGGACUAGGGAUGCAGCUAAAGGGGCCCUUGGGGCCUGGAGGAAAGGGGUCCCUCUCUGAGAUGAAAUCCACCACCGCUGGCUUCCCCGUGUACCCGGGUAAAGACGGCCCAGGAUCGGGUUCUUCCAAGGGUUCUCAGAACCCCACUUCCCUGCUGCAGUUGGCAGCAGAUCAUUUGGAAGAAGAGCUAGAUCUGCUGCUUAAUUUAGACGCGCCUGUGAAAGAGGGAGGCAACAUCUUAUCAGACCAGACAGCUCAGGACCUGGAAUCCGAGAAAAGUGGGGAGGUGGUCCAAGAAGCAGCAGGACCUGCAAACCCAUCUGUGUUGGAGGAAAAGAACGUGACCUCGGGGCAACCAAGUAUAUCCAGAAAUGUUACCGAGGAAGAGCUUGAAGACUGGUUGGACAGCAUGAUUUCCUAAUGACAAGGAAAGAAAGGGAAAAAGAGAGAGGGAAAAGAAAAUGAAAACUGCCUGAAGUCAAUUUUGGUUGCCUUGUAAGGGUGUGCAGGCCCAAGGCUGUCCUACAACAGCUGGUUUACAAGCAGGGCCCCAAGCCCAUGUGGCCAUCACGCUUAGCACAGUAGAUGCCUUCCUCCAUGUUCAACAACACCUGAAGUGGACAUUUAAGAGGCUCGCUACAUUUGUUCUCUGGCUUUAGUAACUGAAUAGAUGUCUUAAGGGCAAGAGAUGUUUCGGCCCUUGUUUCCAAUUUCUUCCUCUGUGUGUUUACAGCAUAGCAGGUGCUGCUGAUGAGGAGAAGAGAGCUAAGCAACCAGGCAUGCAUUUGGCCAAAAUAAACACUGGUCUGUAGA